GAUCUAUAUAUGACAAGAUGGAGUACAGAGGAGAGAAAUUAUUCUGAAUAAGAGAUACCGCCAGUUACCGGUAUCUCAUCCACGUCCUUAUUCCAAAUUUUAUCGUUGGAAAAUGGAAGAGGAUAAAUAGUUAUUUCUGAUUAUUUAAAAAUAAUAAUAAUAUUAGUGAUAACCGUAAAUAUAGUAAUAAUCGACACUAUUAAACGGAAGUGAAAUCAAAUAAUCAUUCAUUGAAAAUUAUUCUCAAAUACUUGAAUUUUAUUGGAUACAGUUUGCCGGAAUUAAUGCAAUCUAUCGCAGGGAGACUUGACGACCAAUCGAAUACUGUCAAUUAUUAGAGUAUUGUAUGAUUAAGGAUAACAACGUAUUGCGGUUAAUAAACAGCAAUAUCAAUCGUUGGUUCAUCGUAGAUGUUUGCUGUGAUGUAAAAAUUUAUUUGGGUCUUUAAACAAUAUCUUAAUACACGAAUUAAACAACGAAUGUGGUAUAAAAAGUGGUGGAAAGGAGAAGAUAAAGUAAUCGAUCGCGUUAUGAAUUUUAACAUAAACAAAUGACUAUUUAAACGGCCUAUUAAAUUAAUAAUAAUAAUGUAAAAUGCAUUGUGAAUUUAUCGGUCAAAAUGUGGUGUUUGUGUGGUACCUGAUGAAUUAUUAAUUACGACGAAUUAAACAGUUGUUGAGUUGAAUAUUCAACUUGUUAUAUUGCGAGGUAUCGUCAAGGUGAGUACUGACAUAUUUUUUUAACAAUUAAUUAUAUUAAUGUAGAGUAGUUUGUCUUUAUGAUUGAACAAUUUCCAUGAUAUUGUGAUUCCUUGUUGAUUUAUUAAUUAACUGAUUCCGGGGUAGACAAGCAAAGCUGGAUCCAGCUGUUGGGACAAAUCCAACAUAGAAUAGUGCCAAGUAUUUAAUGUGGCAAUAGUCCCCCCUCCCGUGUCUCCGAUCCUGAUUAACAUCCUUGAGUCCUUCCUACAGGGGGAUCAUUUUGUUUAUUUUUUCACCUCCUAUUUUCCGACCCUAAAUCCUCACACAUCUGAUCAUAAACUCCCAAUCAUUAAUUCAGUAGCAAAACUGUAGAAUUACAUGACUAAACUUGUCUCUUAACUUAAUCCUGAGACAAUCUCUGAAUCUAAACGAGCUGACGAAAUUCUCGUAAUUAUUCCUUUUGUAGUUCUCAAGUCACUUUGCAAAAACAGUCUCAGUUGAGUUAAACAUCUGUGUACUUUAGAUUGUGAGAUACUCAUUGAAAAGUAACUAAUAAUUUAAGUAAUUUUUAACCUCUUUACCGUUUCGCUAUUGUCGUCUGUUAAUUUUCCCCAAUUUUGUAGAUUAAAGUCCCUCGACGUACACAAAAAGCAGAAUUUGAAAAUAAUAAUCGAAUUAUUAUUCUCAAGUUCUACUUUCUCUGAUUGAUUCUCAUUUAAUAUUAACAAUUACAACGAUAUCAUGGAAAUUAAUUUAUAUAAAAACCCUGAAAUUAUCUAAAAUAUCGUUUUUUCUGAUUCCAGAUUCCUGUGACAGCAUAAAUUUCAAGUUACUCGUAUGACUGCACGUUAAUUACCAAUUUUAAUUGGUUAAUUUACAUGGGAACAGAUGAGUUUAAAGUAGAACAACAAAGUGAAAACAAAUGGAUAUUAUACAUUCAGUAAGAGACAAAAUGGAAAUGUUAUUUCUAGUUAGUCCAGUGAAUAAUCGUCGGUUGUGUGAGUGAUAUAAAUUUUGACCGUCCGUUAUGUUUUUACAACUUGAAAAAAAUAUCACCGGUGACACAUAAAUAGUGAAAUCAACAGUGUGAAUUACUCGGUAAAUUGUGAAUACCCUGAUACUACAGUAUCGAACUAUUGAAACCCAAUAUCGUCAAAAGAUGUUGCAUGAUCAUCACCAAUUACAACGUUGUGAUAUAAAUGAAUGAAGUGGGAAGAAAAAUAAUAGACUAGACAUGGAUUCAACAAGACUCGGUGGUUCAACUUCGGAGAGUGGUGGUACAGAUCAUGGAACGGCAGUACCAAGCUAUCCAAAUAGUCUCACUGGUGAUGGUAAUGUUGAUUACAUUAUCAGUGAUUAUAUGGAGAGACUGGGGGAACGUUUGAAUAUACUCGAAACGGAAUUGAAAUAUGCUUGGAGGGCGUUGGAUCUACUCAGUCAAGAAUACAUAAAGAUGUGGGAGAGAUUGGAAAAACUUGAGGGUCUGUUGUAUGAACAACAGACUGUGAUAAGUCAGUUGAUUGAAUUUUAUGCUAGUACUGGUGACAACGAAAAUAGUUGUAAUAUUGGGUCGGAAACAUUGAUGAGACAGGAGGAUUCUGUUGGUGAAUUGGAUGCUAUUGCCAAGAGUCUUGGUCCAGCAAUGGGUAUUGAGGAUACAAGUGUAUUGCGUGAAAAACUUGCACAACAGGAGCUUGCGAGAAUGCAUGGUUUAGUUGGAAAUAGUAGUGGUGCUGUUGCUGUUGUUGGAGAUAUGAAUAGAUCAAGUGGAAGACAACAUUUGGAUGCCCUCGAGACACUCGAAGAAGAAUCCAAUUUACCGGAUGAGGCAUUCUAUCGUAGUCUCAAUAAUGCGUACAGAGAGGAUCUUAUUUGUGGUGAAACAUCAAGAUCCAGUUCACAGUUGGGAAUGAUAUGGGAGGAGGCUGAAGAUGUUGAUGAUUCCAAUGGAAAAAAGGAUACAGAUGUUGAUGUAUUUGGUGGAAAAACUAAUGGGAAUGAUGAUGAUGAUGAUGAUGUUGUCAGUAAAACUCCGAGUAUGCAGAAUGAGGAAUUUAUCAAGGAUGAACUUGAUGAUAUUAAUUUACAACAGAGAACAACAAUCGUUGAUGAUGGUGAUGAAGAGGGGGAAAUAUUUAGUGCAGCUGAUUAUAAGAGUUAUCGUGGUAAUACACCGUGUGUCAGUGAACAAGAUCUUGCCCAGCUGUCAAAGCUCAGUUCACUCGAUCAAGUGGCACUUGAUCAGCUUCAUACUAUCGAUAAGUUAACAUGCAGACUGCAAAAAGACUCACAAGAGCUCAUUGAGCUCAAUAGUAGACUCAUAGAAUCACCAAAAGGUACAUAUAAUUCAGAAAAUGAAUCUAAAUUGGUGGAUGAAGCCAACAGCAUAGACGAACAAAUAAGAAAAAUUUAUGCUGAGACUGAUGUUGAUAAUUGGACGUAUUCCAAGAGUCCAGGAUCAACUGGACGUUCAAUUUCACGGGUUAGUACUGACAGUGGAUUAGCAACUGAUGGUGAUUUUACUGCUAGAUCUAUAUCACCAAGACUGAAUACUCCAAAGUCUCAUAUUGAUUCAAUAACUUCUACAUAUACAUCAUCUAGAAUUGGAUAUACAGGUUCAUCGUUAGAAAAAAGUCCAGAACCUGUUGUUUCAUUACCCAUUGAUCCUGGCAAUUUUGCUAAAGGUUAUGCUGAGAAUAAAGAACUCACUGAUUUGAUGGCUGAGAGCCUUGUUCCUAUUACCUGCACAUCACCAACAAUAUUUGCUGUUAAAACUGAUAAACUACCAUCGCCAACAUUAUCAGCAGGAAGUGUACAGAGUAUUCACAGUGUUCAAAGUUUGAGAACACGUCGUGAUGGUUAUUUUGAUGGAUCAGCUAGACUUAACUUAGAAUUUUCAGAAGCUAGAACCCCUCCAAGCUCACCACCACCACCAGCACCUAGAGAUCCUGCUGAUGCAUUUCUCAUGACAACUGGAGCUGAUAAACAUGAUAUUAAAACAAGUGGAAAAAUUGAACCAGAUAGAUUGAGUCCUCAUUCACCAAAAUCUCCAAAAGUUUCACCAAAACAAACAGCUAAAGUUGUUGGCUCCAGUAUUAAUAUUAUGAACGCUAAAUCAGAUUCUGGUUUAUCUUCCAUGAGUGGUUGGAGUAGCCUUGACAAAUCGCCAGGCUCUCCAAAGACUUCUCUCGUUAAAAUAUUUAAUUCAUAUUCAUUGGACCAACCAAGGCCUAAUCUCAUCACCGACACACCAUUGAGAACCAGCCCAAUUCCCAUUUCAGGCCCUGAAAAAUCAGUUGUGCCUCCAAGUGCACCAGCUGUCAUUCAGGAGCCCCUGUAUGACACACCAGAGGGCCGAGAUACAUUGAACAAUCUGGCUGGUACUACCUACCCUGUUAAAUCAGCAAAUCACUCGCCUCAUUUGUAUUCAACAAAAUCACCAGAUGCGAAAGAGGACUACAACAUCGUACCUCCACCUGCACCAAGUCCAGCUGCAACAGCAAGUCCCAAAAAACGUUUGAGAACUCAAAGUCUCAUGACUCAACACACUUAUGACACCGUUCCACCUGGCACUAUUGAUUUCCUCUACGGUCAGGAUCAGCCGGCUAUUUACUCAGUUGCUGGAAGUAAUCGUCAGAAUGUCAUAACUGGAUUAUAUACAACUGGAUCAACUCCCAGUGCAUAUGGCUCGAGAGUCACAAGUACCGAUCAGUUUUACAACGAAGAAGAGGCUAGCUAUCAACAGUCCUACAGUGCCCUCCAGUACGCAGAAUCAUCCCUCGGUCAGGGACGUAAACCAACAAGAGCAAUGUCAUUUGGGGAAGGAAUAAGUAAUCACGAAAAUUAUAAAGCAUCGGUUUACAAGAAUAUGUUUAUCACUGGGCACAUUACGGAUGCCCUCUCCUACUAUCCAACGUCCAUGAAUCUUCCUGGUACAGAGCCUAACGAAGUUCCCUGGCUGAAUACCAUGGAAUCCCAAAUACCCCAUGACUCCACCUCUUCAAGUAUAAGAUCAUUGACAUCUGAUGGUAGUUACACUCAAAGUCCAUACACUGAGAGGAGAUAUCCACAACCACCGAGCUACGUUGGUCAUCAAUAUCAUCAUUCCUACACCUCUCAGCAGUAUCCCCAGACUUAUCAGCAGCAGUACCAGCCCUACAACCAACGAUUACCGAGUUCAGAGAACGCUCAGCUGACAGAUCAUCAUUAUCAAAAGCAGUGGCAGAGAGAGCAUCAUCAGUACAUUCACGAGCAGGAUUCCUCCAGGCCUCCAAGUGCCCAAUCCCAGAGUCAACAGAAUAAUUACUACGACGCAUCAAAUGUUAUUGUAUCACAAUCUGGAUAUAUCAGUAUUGCCUCGGAUAUCAAGGAACAUGAGGUUGCUAAGAUGCCGAAGAAGGUUCGUCGAGGUGCAUCCCUGAAGAAUGCAAUGACAUCGAUGAGCCAUUGGCUCCCAGAUCUUCAUCAUUUGACAAAAAGGCACAGAAGUCACUCAUUGCCUGGUGAAGUGAAGAAAGAAGAACUUGAUAUGUCUGAUUCAUCACAUCAAGCACCUCCUCAAGUAGCUGCACCCACACGAGGUCGUGGAAGAUCAGGGCAGACAGCGAGAAAGAAGAAAAAACAUAUUUUAGUGUCAACGGUGUCUGGAAUUCUCCAAAAAGCCAAAAGAAAAAGCCACCAUCAUUCGUCAUCUCUCUCUGAUCCAGAGCAGUCGGAAACUGAGUGGAGCAGUGGACGACAAAGUGGAUUAUCUGAGGAUGAGGACAGCUUAACGUCUGAUAUUAAUCAGGAUCCACCGUUUUUCGCUAAAGUACGAGCCAGCACCAAAAAAAAGGCACAACCUGUAUCGCAAUCAGCGGAUCCACCACCUCUGCAGUCUCCAAGUCAACCAUUACAGUCACCACAAGCUCAAUUAUCGAAUUUCCAACAGCAGAAAGAUUAUCUUCAACAGCAGAUUCAACAGCAUCAAGAGCAGCUUCAACAACAGUUUGCUCAAGACAAUUGGCAGAAGGAACGUGAAACAAAGUCCAUCAAGCACGAGAACAGUGAGCAUGAUUUUUCAGAGGAUAAUUUAGCAGGACCUGACGAUCCCCAAGAACUGGGUUCAGGUAAAAGUACUGGAUCAGGAUCAGGAGGUUCAAUGACAAUGUUUCCAACAGUUGGUGAUAUUAAAAAAUCAACUGGCAGCUCAGACGAAGGACCAAAUGAAAAAACAUCAAAACUUCCUCCUGUCACAUUAAUGGGCGGUGCGAGUAUGGAAUUUGCUGUUUCCAGAGCUCUAGGAAAGUAUCGUCAACGGCAAUCAUCAACAGUAUCAGAUGAUCAGCCGAUGACCGAAGAUAUUUCUGGUGACAGAAAGUCUGAAGACGAUCAAUUACCGGGGGAUAUUAAGGAGGAAAUAAGCCCAGUGGAGAAGGAGUCAUCGAUGGAGGAAAAAAAUGAUAAACCACCAACUGCUAAACCACCUGAAUUGGUGACAAGUCUUUCGGAGGAGGCGCCAAUAUCAGAGGGAAGUCCAUCAGCCUCCAGUACUCGUGGAUACAUUGGAACCAGAUUUCUACCCAGACAUCAGCAGUCCUUAGAAAUUCCCUGGGGAGGAUCGCGCAGUGGGGAAGGGGAUGAGGAUAAUAGAAGUACUCACUCUUACAGAAGUACCUCACGUGUAUCCUCUCGACGUCAAAGUACCGAAGAUUCAAUUGAUUCAGAAGAUGAAUGGUAUUGCUAUGAAUUGCGAAAGCUCGAAGAAAUGGAAAGACAAUCACAAAUGGAAAUUGAAAUGAGUGAAGUACUGAUUGAAGAACCAGAAGAUGUUGAGCCUUAUCAGCCAGAUGAUGACGUGAAAGAAAGAAUGUCCUUUGUUCUGAGGGAACUCAAGCUGAAGGCAAUAUCAAAGGACAUUGAAGAUUCCCAAAAUGAGGAGGAUAUUGAUCGAAAAAGUAUUGGGGUCAAUGGAAAAAUAUUGGCGUUGGGAAAGGACAAGUAUUCAGAGGACGAUGGAAAGCCAAUUCCCAAGAAGAAAACAGCUGAGAGUAUCGAAACAGUAUUUGCAAGAGUCACUGAUUAUCAUACCUGGGCACACGAGGAGGAAGCCAGACGUGAUGAGACAAGGGCACUACUUCCAAUGGACGAUGAAGGAUCAUCAGGAGAAACAUCAGGGCCAGAUAGUCCUGUUCAUUCCAUGGACGAGCUGGAGGAGGAGGAUCUCGAUCUACGUAAAGAUCUGGAAGAGCAGUCGCGAAGAAGCUCCAGUGGUUCCACAAUGCGUCGUGAUGGUGAUAAACAUCUUCAGGGCUCGGAUUCAGUAUCACGUGAAGGUAGCGUAAGUGUAGCACCUAGCGAAGUCUCGUUCGGUAUCCCAUGUCUAUGGGAUUCUGAAAGCACUGUCGUUGAAGGGGAACGUGAUGGUGCUGGUAGUGCUGAAACAACAACUCUGAGUCUUCCAAAGAUCAAAAUUGAUUCAUCAUCAUGUGGUAGUUCGGAUACAACAUUGAAGGAUGAACAGAUCAGUCCUGGUGGCCCAUCAGGAUCAAGAUGGAAGCUUCUUAAAACAUUGAAAGAACGUAAGGCUGGGGAUAAACUUAAGGAGCUUGAGGAAGCUGCUGCUAAGGAGAGUGCUUUAUCACAAUCAACAGCAAAUGGCAGCGGUGGGAAUGGAGAAGCUGGAGGUCGAGGAAAUGGGCGUGCAGGAGAGAAUACUUUCUACAGCACUAUCGAUAGCCGGCCGGAUAUUCGACCGCGUCGAAAAUCAAUACCAUUGGUCUCCGAGCUGACGAUGGCAGCAACAAAAAGAAAUGCAGCUGGAUUGACUUCUGCUGUGCCCAGAGCAACAUUAAAUGACGAAGAAUUGAAAAUGCAUGUCUACAAGAAGACUCUUCAGGCCAUGAUCUAUCCAAUAUCGUCCACAACACCUCACAACUUUGUCACAUGGACAGCAACAUCGCCGACGUAUUGUUACGAAUGUGAGGGUCUUCUUUGGGGUAUUGCGAGACAAGGUGUCAAGUGCAUGGAAUGCUCUGUCAAAUGUCAUGAAAAGUGCAAGGAUCUACUCAAUGCUGACUGCUUACAAAGAGCCGCUGAGAAAAGCUCAAAACACGGAGCUGAGGAUAAAGCAAACAGCAUAAUAACAGCAAUGAAAGAGAGGAUGAAACAACGGGAACGAGAAAAACCGGAAAUAUUCGAGCUGAUACGGUCCGUUUUUGGGGUUGACGAGAAGGCCCACACCAAUCAUAUCGAUGCCAUCAAGCAGUCCGUAUUGGACGGAACAAGCAAAUGGUCAGCGAAAAUUGCAAUCACAGUGAUAAGUGCACAAGGACUCAUCGCCAAAGAUAAGAGUGGUACAUCAGAUCCAUAUGUUACCGUGCAGGUGGGCAAAGUGAAAAAGCGGACAAGAACGAUGCCCCAAGAUCUGAAUCCAGUUUGGCAUGAGAAAUUUUACUUUGAGUGCCACAACUCAUCAGAUCGUAUUAAAGUUCGAGUUUGGGACGAAGACAAUGAUCUUAAAUCUAAACUCCGUCAAAAAUUAACUCGCGAGAGUGAUGAUUUUCUGGGUCAAACAAUCAUCGAAGUAAGAACUUUAAGUGGUGAGAUGGACGUCUGGUAUAAUCUUGAAAAACGUACAGACAAAAGUGCAGUAUCUGGUGCAAUAAGAUUGCACAUAAGUGUGGAAAUAAAAGGAGAAGAAAAAGUAGCACCUUAUCAUGUGCAGUAUACAUGUUUACACGAAAAUCUAUUUCACAGUUUGUGUGAGAGAAAUAAUGAAAUGGUAUCAUUACCCCAAGCCAAAGGUGAUGAUGCAUGGAAAGUGUACUUUGAUCCACCAGGAGAAGAGCUAGUUGAUGAAUUUGCAAUGAGAUAUGGAAUUGAAAGUAUAUAUCAAGCAAUGACACAUUUUCAUUGUUUAUCAACAAAAUACCUGUGCCCGGGUGUGCCAGCUGUCAUGUCAACCCUUCUUGCCAACAUAAAUGCGUAUUAUGCUCAUACAACAGCGAGUUCAGCUGUAUCAGCGAGUGACAGAUUCGCUGCGAGUAAUUUUGGAAAAGAAAAAUUUGUCAAACUACUGGAUCAAUUGCACAAUUCAUUGAGAAUAGAUUUGUCAGGGUAUCGUAAUAAUUUUCCAGCAUCGAGUCCUGAAAAACUGAUGGAUUUGAAGAGCACUGUUGAUCUGCUAACGAGUAUAACUUUCUUCCGAAUGAAAGUUCAGGAAUUAUCGAGUCCACCGAGAGCAAGUACAGUUGUUAGGGACUGUGUUAAGGCAUGUCUUCGUUCAACUUAUCAAUUUUUAUUUGAAAAUUGUGCUGAUCUGUAUCAGCGUGAGUAUCAAACAGCCAAAGGGAAUGAACCACGUCCAGAGGAUCGUGAACCAGCACUUGAUUCACUGAAAUUUUGGGAUAUGUUGAUUACACUGAUAAUAGCUGUUAUCGAAGAGGAUAAAAAAAGUUAUGGCCCUGUACUCAAUCAAUUUCCCCAAGAAUUGAAUAUUGGUCAAUUAUCAGCAGCUACAAUGUGGGAUUCAUUUGCUAUUGAUCUUAAAUAUGCAUUAGAUGAACAUGAAUCCCAUAGAUUAUGUCAUUGUGCUGAUUACAUGAAUCUUCAUUUCAAAGUGAAAGGUCUUUAUGAUGAAUUUGUUGAAGAUGUACCACCACACAAAAGCAAAGUACCAGAAUAUCCAGCGUGGUUUGAGCCAUUUGUCAUGCAAUGGCUGAAUGCCAAUGAUGAUAAUUCACUCGACUAUCUUCAUGGUGCCUUUACUAGAGAUAAGAAAGACGGCUUCCAGAAGAGUAGUGAACAUGCCCUAUUCAGUAAUUCAGUUGUUGAUAUAUUUACACAAUUGACUGAAUGUUUUAAAGUUGUUUCUGAAUUAAAAUGUCCUGAUCCAGAAAUUCGUAAACGUUACAUGAAACGCUUUGCCAAGACUAUUGUUAAAGUCUUGAUAACUUAUGCUGAUAUUGUUAAAAAAGAAUUUCCAUCUUAUCUUCAAGAGGAAAGAAUUGCCUGUAUUUUGAUGAACAAUGUUCAACAGUUGAGAGUACAGUUGGAAAAAUUGUUUGAAAAAAUGGGGGGUGAAGAUCUGGAGGAAGAUGCUGCUACGAUAUUGAAAGAUUUACAGCAACAGUUGAAUGGCUCUUUGGAUGAACUCGCUGUUAUUUUUGCAAAGAGUUUGGAGCAGAAAAUAACAGCUUCGGUUAAGGAAGUUGGGGACAGACUUGUUAAUAUCAAGAGUAGUAAUCAACAGAAUCAAAGGAGUAGUGUUGAAGUUGAGGCUGAUGAUGUUUUGAGGCCUUUGAUGGAUUUGUUGGAUGGGAGUUUAUCACUUUAUGCUGAUUCCUCGGAGAAAACAGUCUUCAAGAGGCUAUUGAAGGAACUUUGGAAAAUUGUUAUUAGAAUUAUGGAGAAAACUGUUGUAUUGCCACCCAUGACUGAUAAGACGAUGGUGUUGAAAAAUUUGACAGAUAAUGCCAAGAACAUUGCGGCUAAUGCCAAGAUCGAGGACAUGGGGAGAUUGUUUAAAAAUCAUAUGGCUGGAAAGCCAGAUGUGAAGAAUGCUCUCAGUGGAGUGAUGGAUAUUUCCAAGGAAGUCGAGAAGAAUUUAUCGCCCCGGCAAUGCGCCGUUUUAGAGAAAGCAUUAAACACAGUGAAAGAUUAUUUCUAUGCCGAGGGUAGAGGUUUGAAGAAAAAUUUCUUGGAAAAAUCACCAGAACUCCAGAGCCUGAGAUAUGCAUUGAGUCUUUACACGCAAACAACCGACACUCUCAUCAAGACAUUUGUUACAACUCAGCUCAAUCAAAUGCCGCUGAAUGAUGCCACGACAUUACGACAACGUCAACGCUCGAUGAGCAGCGAAAGGGGUGAUGAAGGCGAAGAUGGAGAUGGUAUGGAAGGCCUUGAAGAGCCUCUUCGCCAGAGCAAACCCCCACUUCGGCGAGAAAGUCGGCAAGAUACAAUGAAUGCAGAUGGUGAGUCUGUGGGUGAGCUGAGCAUUCAAGUUGAUUUAUUCACACAUCCGGGAACCGGAGAACAAAAAGUGACAGUUAAAGUUGUUGCAGCAAAUGAUCUCAAAUGGCCACUGGCAACCGGCAUGUUCCGACCAUUUGUCGAAGUUAAUUUAAUUGGACCUCAUUUGGCGGAAAAGAAACGAAAACAGGCGACUAAAUCGAAGAACAACACGUGGUCACCGAAGUACAAUGAGACAUUCAAUUUUAUCAUUGGUAAUGAGCAGCAACAACUUGAUUACUUCGAGCUUCACGUCUGUGUCAAGGAUUACUGUUUGAUACGUGACGAUCAAUUGGUUGGAGUUGCUGUAUUACAACUGAAGGACAUAAUCGAGGAAGGUUCCUGCGCCUGUUGGCUAUCGUUGGGAAAAAGAAUUCACAUGGACGAAACUGGUUGGACGAUACUGCGAAUUCUUUCCCAGAGAAAUAACGACAAUGUUGCUAAGGAAUUUGUGAAAUUGAAGAGCGAUAUACGACAGGAGGAUCCACUACCAAAUCCACCGUAAGAAAAUGAAUAAUAAAAAAUUAAUAAUUGCUAAACUGAUACGACAGUAACGGGAACAUUUAAUAUUUUUUCAAAAAACUUAACUACACAAUUAUUCCAAGAUAUAUAAAAAGCUUAAUAAUGUCGUGAAAGCAUCAGUUACGAUAGACGACAAUUAAUUCCACACCUACGUCAUUCAAAUGAUAAAAUUACUGAUAAUAUUAUCACAAUUAUUAACGUCAAAGUAUUAACAAUGACGUGAAUCACUCUCACGACAUUAUAAAUUAUCUCGUAUCAUUGAAAUCAAUGAAGAGACGACGAGGGUGUUACAAACUAUGAAUUGUGCCGAAAAAGAUUUUCUAAUACAUAAAGACCAUUCAAAAAACAUUAAAUUCGAGGGAAAUAACUCGAAUUAUUUUUCAAAUUAUAAGUGAUUAUUUAAUGUCGAAUAACAACAAAUGCUCUUAGGCACGUGAACGUUGAAAAAGAUGAGAAUAAUCGUUGAUCGAUGAAAAAAAAAUAUAAAAAACGUACUAAUGAACUGUAGAUAUCCGAUUUUUGUCAACGCGGAACCGAAAAAAAAAACAAAAAAUAAUAAUGAAUUUUUCUAAUACGAGUUUAAGAUAGCAUUUUUGCGUACGACCAAUGGGCAAGUCAUGACGAUAUUCACGACACGCCAUUUAAUUAUUAAUUAUAAGUGAAUCAAUGAGAAAGAGGCAAAUAUCUUAGUCAUUAUCUUGUAAAAAUAUGUAUUUACUUACGAUAAAUUAACCAGAGAUUGCAAGAGUCUGACUGCUAUACAUCAUACAUAGAGUUGAGCUACGACGGAGAGUUAAAGAACUGCAAUUUUUCAUCACAAAUUAAUAUUUAUUUAGUAAAUAUUUAUCAUUUUCAUUGGCUAAAUAUUCAACAGUAGAAUAAAUUUAGUCCCGAGUGAAUAAUCUCAUCUCUCGUGAGUUUGAGUUUAUAGAUAGAUUUCAAGGCAUAAUAUACUAAGAAAGAAACAAUAAUAUUGCGAAAUUCAAUACGGUCACUCCUUCGUACCUCGUGCAAUACGACACCACACUUGUCCAUUCAUCAAAGCCACUUUGUUUUGGUUUUGUCUCGAGUAAACACCAUUGACUAAGGUAUGGAAUUCAGUGAAAAUUCAUUUAUACAAUUAUCAUCUUCGAUAUUUAAAUACCUUUCAUGAUAAAAAGAAUAAUAAGGUAGUAACGUCUAGAUAAAUUAAUAAGAGGGAAAAAUAAAUUAAAAAACAAAAACAGGUUGUAUCGUAAACGCUUUUUCGGAAAAUCGAUUUAAAAUAGUGAAAAAUUGUAUUUGCAAUUCCAGUCAGAGAAUACGAUUUUUAAUAAUACGAGAGAUAAAUCACUGAACCAAAGAGUAAAAGAGGUUAAAUAGAAGUAAAUUUUUUGCAUUUAGUACCUGCACUGGAGCAGGUUAGUUACUAUUAUUUUUUUCAAUGGAAUAACAACGUAAUACAGUAUCUAAACAUUCUCAUCAGCGACCUUGACAAUGCUAACAAUUCUAUUUCGAUGUGAGUAAAGUAUAGGCUUAUGCGUCUCGACAGUAAUAUUUUAAUCAUUUAUUUCCCCAUUUUAAAAUAACUAGACGUCUGUUUCAUCGAAUUAUCAAUCCAUUCCAAUAAAUAUUUUGUUCUAAACUCGUUAAUUACAUUAAUGAGGUUGAAUGAAGGACUGUUAAUGCAAAUAGUUCAGUGGACAAGGUGAUAGCAUUGAAAUGUGAGUAUUAACAGUGAUAUAACCUCACUAUUUUCGAUGAAAUAUUGUGAAAACUUUCCUUGAACAUUUUCCUCGAGUUUCAGAUAAUAUUUUCCAAUGUGAAAAUCAAUAUUCUGUGAUAAUUUACCCUUAACUAUCGACACUCUACACGUAUCCAUUAAUCAUUUAUCAGAGGUUUAUGUCUUUGUGCCACAAAUGAAAGAUAAUGAAAAAGAUAAUUAAUAAAAUCAGUAAUAUCCAUCUGAAUGAGCAUGAGCGAUGAUUUUUGAGGAUUUCACUUGCUUAUUUGUCAAUGAUUUUAUCACUAUUAACUUCCUGCUAGAUGAACCUCGAGAGAGAGCCAGUCUUGCAUUUAAAAAAACCCUAAUAAUUAUUCAAAAGAGUGAAUUUUAUUCUGUUCAAACAGAAUAUUCUAUGCAUAGAUUUUUCUUUUCAAUUAUAACAUUCCAAAUAUUAAAUUAAUUAUCGAGAAAUAAAAGCCCUCUAGAAUAAUAUCAAUUUUACGACUAUUGAAUGGAAAGUAUAAUUGCACGAUAGAUAAAUUUAAGCUGAGAGUGAAAUGCAAAUAAUAUUCAAUUGUUGCUUCUGUGUGGUAUAUUACCCAGUACAACCAUUUGUCAUUAAAUUGUUUCUCCCAACAUUCAAUUUCGAUCUCGUGAUCGUGUUUAUGAAUAAUUUUGAUAAUUGAUCAAAUGGUUGUACUCCCCCUGAUGUGGUAAAGACAAGAUUAAUUGAAAAUAAUGAGGCGAAAUAAAACGAAGAACAAACCGUUUAAUAGCGUAGUAAAAAUGAGAUCAAAAGAUUAACACAAUUGUUGACAAUACUAUGCUUGAAUUGGAAAUAAUCGAACAAAAGAGAUGAUUAAAAAAUAUGAAACAGAUCAAUUAUAAAAACACGAAUGGCGCAUGAUGGAAUUUAACUAUAGCAAGUAUGCAAAGAGAAUAUUCGCAAUAAAUUCAAUCGUGUAAAUUGCAUUAACUCAAAUUCAUUAGAAUGUUAAUUGAACGGUUGCGUGAGUCUAUUGAAUUAUGUGAAAAAAAAAAAUAUAAGAAAAAUGAGUAAAUUCAUAGUAUAUUUCAUCAUUAACCUCCAACAAAGAGUGUUGUUAUAUCGUUGUUGUUGAAUGUUAAUUAUUCGAAAAUUAACAUUAAAAAAUAUUUGAAGAUAUUCGAGUUAAAACACGCACAUGUUACACAGAAAACAUUUCGAUGACUGAUUAAGUAAAUUUGAUCAUGUCCAAGGUGGAAUUGUAUGAAAAAAAAAUUAUUCACUGUUAUUCUUCGUUGAAUUUGGUUUAUCAUUAGGUAAUUAAAGAAAAUCCGUAGGCUGACUAAACACUUAUCAUUAUUCACAAGCUUAAAUGCCUAAGCGAUCCAAUUUCUCAGUCGAUCACCAGUAAUCGAGGUAAAAAAUAGAUAAUCAUGGACGAUAUCAUUGUAAUUUGAGGAUUAGUAUGUCUCGCAGCGUUAUUUAAUUUAUUAGUUGCUAAUGAGACUCCGCAAUGAUUGAAGAUUAUCAUUUGUUUACUGAUAAAGUUGAAAUUUUUGUUGUAAACAUUGAAUUUCAAGUGGAUAUCGACGUACUAUUUUACAGUUUCGAUAAAAUAUAUAUUUUUUAUGUUGACGAUAUUUAUUUAUGGACAAUCGACAUUGCAAUCGAUGUACAGUAUCAAUUUCAUGACACAUCUGAAUAUUAAUUUCGUUAUGAAAGAAUAAUCUAGUUAUUAAGGAGAGGAAGGCAGAUGAAUACAUGAAAAUAAUCCAUAAUAAUAAAUGAAAAACUUGUAAAAUAUAAAUAAUUAAUGUGGGUAAAGGAGUUGAAAAAUUUCAAUGAGCUAAAAAAAAAUGGUCUAUUUGUAGCUGAUGAUUGAGCCAUGUUUCAUAUCACAAAUAAUGGUGCACAUAAAUAUUGGAUGAACGAUGGAAAAUGAAUCAAGCAUGACAUUACAAAAUAAAUAAUAUAAAAUUUUAUCCAGGCUACAUUAUUAUGUUUACAACGACUAAUUAGUAAACAUAAAAUUGUCCAAGCCAUGAAGACUUUCGUUCAUAGAAAAUAACGUAGAUUAAGAUUAUUUCCCUCGUAAUUGUUAUAAAAAUACGUCUGUCCGAGAACCAAUGAGAUAAGAAUUUUCUUUUCCAAGUUGAAUAUCAUUAUUUUUUCAUUUCUUUUCCGAAUUUUCCUCCAGAUAAACUUAUACCAUUGCUCUUGUCAUCCGAAUAUUUAAUUUAUCAAAUUCUUAUCGAUAAUGAGGAUUGAAAUUUUUUAUACAAACCGAUGAGAAGACUUUAUUCAAACUUUAGCGUUAGAAAAAAAAAAAGUGAGGAGUAAAUAAUAUCAUAGAGGGAGUGUAAAAGAAAUCAUCAUCAUGCUCUCAUUAUUUGAAAAACUUUUCACUUAUUCACUUUCGUCUAAGCAUUAUUUAUAUUAAAUCGAGGAGAAAUAAAUUGAAAAGGAAAAAAAAAUAAUAUUGGACUUCUGGUGAUAUUGUGAACAUAUGUAAUACGAUAUUAUGGAAUCUUUAAUCAUCACACAAAGGAAAUAAUGAAAUGGAAGGAGUUGCACAUACAACUGCACAGAUUAUUACAUUACUACUUUUAAGGAAUAUGCCCACAAUUCGUUAUUGUCCAUAUUCUAGACAAAAGAUGAGCGAAAAAAAAAAUUUGUAAAAGAAAACAAUGAAAAAAAUGUGCUUUCGAAAGUCUGA